ACGCUCUAAAUCCUGUUUUCGGCUCGCACCAAAUAGGAACUAUCUAGAACAACCUGCGUUCUGUUUUGCUUUUUUUUUGGCUUGGAAUCUAGAACGACCUACGCGCACUAUUACUUACACAUGUAGGCAACUUCCAGGAAGCUACCUUAGAAUCCAUCGGUGGCAUUUAAAUAUCUAUCAUCUUAGAGGGAUGAACAUGCAAAGAUUCAUUGUGGUGUCUUUUGUUUAUUUUCAAACUUUUAAAAUCCUUGGCCUUUCUAUUUUGCUUGUUUUUCAUUUUUUGUUGCUAAUAUUUAUCUCUGAUUCUUUUCUUCUCGGAAGCUCUUUCGAUCUAAGAUCACGACGAUAAUGGCUGGAAAAGGAGAAGGUCCAGCAAUCGGUAUCGAUCUCGGCACGACAUACUCUUGUGUAGGAGUAUGGCAACACGACAGGGUCGAGAUCAUCGUCAACGAUCAGGGUAACCGAACGACGCCGUCUUAUGUCGCUUUCACUGAUUCUGAGCGUUUGAUCGGCGAUGCAGCCAAGAACCAGGUCGCCAGGAACCCCAUCAACACCGUGUUUGGUGCAAAGAGAUUGAUCGGUAGGAGAUACAGUGAUGCAUCGGUUCAGAGCGAUAUCAAGCUCUGGCCAUUCAAGGUUUUUGCAGGAGCUGGAGACAAGCCCAUGAUUGUGGUUAAGUACAAGGGCGAAGAGAAGCAGUUCGCUGCUGAAGAGAUCUCCUCUAUGGUUCUCAUCAAGAUGCGUGAGAUCGCAGAGGCUUACCUUGGUUCCACAGUCAAGAACGCCGUCGUUACAGUCCCUGCUUACUUCAAUGACUCCCAGCGUCAGGCUACCAAGGAUGCCGGUGUUAUUGCUGGCCUUAAUGUGAUGCGUAUCAUCAAUGAGCCAACUGCCGCUGCCAUUGCCUACAGGCUUGACAAGAAGGCCACUAGCGUGGGUGAGAAGAACGUGUUGAUCUUCGAUUUGGGUGGUGGUACUUUCGAUGUGUCAUUGCUCACCAUUGGAGAGGGUAUUUUCGAGGUGAAAGCCACCGCUGGUGAUACUCACCUUGGAGGAGAGGAUUUCGAUAACAGAAUGGUGAACCACUUUGCUCAAGAGUUCAAGAGGAAGCACAAGAAGGACAUUAGUGGCAGCCCAAGAGCCCUUAGGAGGUUGAGGACUGCCUGUGAGAGAGCAAAGAGGACUCUCUCAUCCACUGCCCAAACUACCAUUGAAAUCGAUUCCCUCUAUGAGGGUGUUGAUUUUUACUCCACGAUCACCCGUGCUAGAUUUGAGGAGCUCAACAUGGAUCUGUUCCGGAAGUGUAUGGAGCCCGUUGAGAAGUGUUUGAGAGAUGCUAAGAUGGAUAAGGGCUCUGUCCAUGAUGUUGUUCUUGUGGGAGGUUCUACCAGAAUUCCCAAGGUACAGCAGCUGUUGCAAGAUUUCUUCAAUGGAAAGGGGCUCUGCAAGAGCAUCAAUCCAGACGAGGCUGUUGCAUACGGUGCAGCUGUUCAGGCUGCAGUCUUGAGUGGUGAAGGGAAUGAGAAGGUCCAGGAUCUAUCGCUUGUGGAUGUCACGCCUCUGUCUCUUGGUUUGGAGACUGCUGGAGGUGUUAUGACAGUAUUGAUUCCCAGGAACACAACAAUUCCCACCAAGAAGGAGCAGGUUUUCUCUACCUCCUCGGACAACCAACCUGGUGUGUUGAUCCAGGUGUACGAGGGUGAGAGAGCUAGAACCAGGGAUAACAACUUGUUGGGCAAAUUCGAGCUGUCUGGCAUUCCUCCAGCACCCAGGCGAGUUCCUCGGAUCACUGUUUGCUUUGACAUUGACGCAAACGGUAUUCUCAAUGUUUCUGCCGAGGACAAGACCACCGGCCAAAAGAAUAAGAUCACGAUUACCAAUGACAAGGGAAGAUUGUCCAAGGAAGAAAUUGAGAAGAUGGUUCAGGAAGCAGAGAAAUACAAGUCUGAAGAUGAGGAGCACAAGAAGAAGGUUGACGCCAAGAAUGCUUUGGAGAACUAUGCCUAUAACAUGAGGAACACUGUUAAGGAUGACAAGAUUGCUUCCAAGCAUGCAGCAGCAGACAAGAUGAAGAUCCAAACAGUCAUUCGUUCAGCUAGCCACCCAAAGCACCCACUGGAGCUCAAGCAAUUUGACAAACCCUACAAAUGCGACGGCUGCAAAGAGACAGGCUUCGGAAAGAGAUACAGAUGCGACCGAUGCGACUUCGAUCUCCACGAAGAUUGCAUGUUUCUCGCCGACCAAAAAUCCCACGCUUCCUUCAGAGGUUCGACAUUCGAGUUCUUGGAACAUCCUCCGCGAAAAUGCAAACAAGACAAGUACUGCAAAGACUGCGAAAGAUUUUGCGACGCAUGUGGAAAACCCGUCAAGGGUUUUGUUUACCAUUGCAAAAAAAAUGGUCUAGAUUUGCACCCUUGUUGCAGUAAUCUCAAGCAAGAGUUUAAAAUCGAUGGUAAAAAGUUUUCGCUCAGCAGAGGCGUGCAUUCGACAUGUUGUUUUUGGUGCGGAAAAGAGAAAGUUAAAGACGGUAUAAGAGGCUUGUCUUAUGUUUCAUCGCGCAAUGAGUACCGUCUUCAUGUUCAUUGUGUUACUAAAAUGGUUUCCGAGGUUUGGAAAAGUAGAGACAAGGUCGGUAGCGGUAAUAAUAAUAAAAAUGACUCUUUGGAUUUGGAGAACUUGAAGCUUCCAGAGAGUUUGGCAAAGUUGAGAAAACAUGAUGCAAGUCGUAAGAAGAUGUAUUGGAAGAUUAUAAAAACAGUUCUCAGGACAAUUGCUUGUAUCCUAGGUGAACCAACCACUCUCGUGACUUCCCUUUUUAUUGAACUGCUUAAGUAAAAAGUGGAUAGUAGUUAAUUAUGGGUUUUCCAAUAAGUUUCUGAUGCAGCUGAGAAAACCAGACAUACAAUGCUGCAUAACUCUUUCUUUUUCUGUCUAUAUCUUAUAUCUAAAUAAGAAAAAACGCUGCGUUUUGUAUUCUUUUUAUUUUCUUGCUGAUGUGGUUUUAUUUCUUUUAUUUUACUCGCCCUGCAUGGUGGAAAAACGAAUAUAAGGAAUAGCCCAGUGAAUGUAAGGGUAGAGACCUUUAGGGUAUAUUUGUAUGAUGUAUUAGGAUGUAUUGGAAUGGAUUGCAUUAACUAUGACAUAUAAAAAUACGAAAAAGGUUCCGUA